CAAACCCACCUCAUUCCCCAACGAAAACUUCCAAGCCGCCAAAGGCGAUGGCUGCGUCCGUCCCUCUUGCCGGGGUCGCGCUCCUCCUCCUCCUCCUCCAUGCCGCCCAUGACGGAGGCAUGGCCGGGCUUGCUAGCACGGGCGGAGCGAGGAUGGCAUCAUCGGAGGGGUACGCGCCGGUGCAGACCGUGGUGUACCGGUCGGCGGCGUUGGAGGCGUCGGAGGCGUUCGAGCCGUUCCAGCUGUGCAUGGGGUGCCGGUGCUGCCCGGCGGGGAACAACGGCUCGUCGUGCGUGGACACGCAGUGCUGCUACGGCAUCAACUGCAACCUCCCCGGCAAGCCGUUCGGGACCUGCGCCUUCACCCCGCGCACCUGCGGCUGCGGCGCCAACAACUGCACGGCUGCACCCGCCCCGCCGCCGCCUACGAGCUAGCUUAUGGAAUCCGAUUGAUUUUGAUCGAUUGGUCCGAUCCAUUUACGAGUAUGGUCGGAUCGAUGCAUACUUACCGCAGGCUAGCUGAUUAUUAUUGAUUAAUAAUCAGAAUCGUUUUCUUUCACAUCGUAUGAUCUAUCGUCCAUUUCUCAUGCAUCCAUCUUUCAAAGUUGUUCGGUAUGUUGGCAUGUGAUUGAAAGUAUGAUGGUAACAUCGAUCAACUGUUACACUUUUCUCUGUCAGAUCGAUCGGUUCCUGGAACAAUUAAUCAGUACUGGCUACGUGCGUUUAAUAUAA